UAUGUCACUGAGCAGAGACUUUGGAGUCUGCUUAUCGGAAGACGGUGCGGGGUGAGGGCUCCUUGGUGCUGCUAGAACUUUAGGAAAAUGACCUCAAGAGAGUGACUCACUGACUUAAUUCUUUCCAGAUUCUUUUGGGUGGGUGGUUGGGUGGGUGUGCCUGUUAUGUUACAUGCUGAAUGCUACCCCCAGGAGGAGAGGAGUUUGCCUUUCCCAGAGAGAUGGCCCCGAACCAGCAAGUUCGCGCUGUCAGCCUGUGCAGCGGCUGUUGCAGAACUAGUAACCUUUCCCCUGGAUCUCACGAAAACGCGACUGCAGAUCCAAGGUGAAGCUGCUGUUUGUCGGUAUGGACCUGCUGCCGGAAGAGCUGUACCCUACCGUGGCAUGCUACGUACUGCAGCAGGGAUUAUUCAAGAGGAAGGCUUACUAAAACUCUGGCAAGGAGCAACACCGGCCGUCUACAGACACAUAGUAUACUCCGGAGUGCGGAUGGUUACAUAUGAGCACAUACGUGACUCUGUGCUUGGUAGAGCUGAAGACGAGAGCUUUCCUCUUUGGAGAUCUGUAGUUGGAGGGAUGUCAGCUGGUGCCAUUGGUCAGUUUUUUGCCAGUCCAACUGAUCUGGUGAAGGUGCAGAUGCAAAUGGAAGGAAAGAGAAGACUAGAAGGGAAACCAUUACGAUUUCGUGGAGUGCACCAUGCAUUUGUGAAGAUCCUGUCUGAAGGGGGAAUUCGGGGCCUUUGGGCUGGUUGGGUGCCAAAUGUCCAAAGAGCUGCUCUGGUAAACAUGGGAGAUAUUUGCACUUAUAGCUCCGUUAAAGUCAGUGAAGCAAUGCUAAUUUAUACCAAUAUGUUUUUUCUUCAAAUAGUGUUUUUUAUUGAUAGUGUGUGUUCUGGCCUGGUAGCCGCUAUCCUGGGAACUCCUGCUGAUGUUGUCAAAACACGGAUAAUGAACCAACCAAGAGAUAAACAGGGAAGAGGACUGCUGUACAAGUCUUCUGCAGACUGCUUGAUUCAGGCUAUACAAGGUGAAGGAUUUAUGUCUCUAUACAAAGGCUUUUUACCAACCUGGAUGCGAAUGGGUUUCCUGAGAUGUGUUAAGAGUCUUAUCCUGCCAGAUGCUGAAUGCCUUCAAUUCCCAUUGACUUUGCUGGGAACUGAAGUUGGAGUGCUUUGUAGGAGGCACUAAGCACCCUGCAGGAUUGGGUCCUAAAACAAUUAGAGAACUACACAGAACAUCUUACAGCAAUACUGAUAUUAAAAUAUGUAUUUCAUAGUCCUUUGCUUCAUUUACUAUAUCAUUAAACUUGGAAAAUAUUAAUAUGAGGUUUUUAAAAUAAAGUGAAUUAGUGUGCAUUCUUAGUACACUAGUCAUUUAAAUCUGGAGGCAUGAACCCAAGCCUUGCCUACAGUUACAUGGAAAAGACUGGUCUCAGUGUUUAAAUACCUUCUUGAUAGGCACCAUAAAAACUCCUGAGCUAGAUUAGAGUUCUCAUUUGUCCACUCCACCAACCAACCACAUUGGCUGACAUGACCAUUAGUGUUUGCUCAGAAGAGGUUCCAAGCCUGGAAUAAUAGGGAUGUUGCAGAUCAAGAUUGAUGUGUACUGACAGAGCUUUGGUUAUGUGCCUGCCUUCACUCAUCCUGAAUUGUCAAGUUCUCAGAUCUCAUAAGCCAUGUGCUUGUCUAUCCAGGGAAGCAGACAGGCAUAGCUAUAGUGGGAUAAUUAUUCUGCUACAGCUAUGUCAGUGUAACUCUCUGUGUGGAUACUAUAUUCCAAAACAAAUGUGAUUUUAUUACUCUGCUUGCCCUAGUCGUCUUGUCCAACCACUCUCACCUCCCCCAGGCUCCUUGUUCCAGUCUCCCUCUCUUCUGGGUCCUUAUCCAAUGUCCGUCUUCUACCCACCCACUCAUUCUCAAUCCCCUGGUUUCUUUUCCCCAGCUCCCAGUCUCCUUUGCCAAGUAGUCCCAGUCCCACUGGCACCAAUCUACUCCCCCCACUUCCCUUCCCACCCAGUCUGAUUCUUGUUCUCUGCAUUCAAGUCAAGCAGCUUCCUCUUUCAGAGUACCUGGGCACCAGCAAAGAGAGCACAGGAAAGAAAAUCUUUCUGCUCUCAGUUCCUGUGCCUGGUAUCCCAGCAGCUGGAAAGAACUAUUGCAAGGAAGGUCCUACUCAGCUACUGCAUCCCUGGGCUAGACUAUGCCCAGUACAGAUGGAAUCUUCAGAGAAUUUAGCAGCCAAACUCUAACAAGUCUCUACUGAGCAUGUGCCAACUGAGAUUUUUUUCUUAAAGGUUAAUUUGGCCAAAUUUGGGUGGUUUUUCAUAGAAAAAAGCAAAAACACAUCUCUGACAUAGACAAGUACCCUGUCAAAUUUUCCCCUAAUUUCAUUUUUGGAAACAGCUGAACAAUUUUUGCUGAAACUUUCUGAAAAAAUUCAGCCUGUAGCAGACGCCUGGCAUGGAAAAUUUCAGCCCAAAGGGUUACAUUUUAGCAAAAUAAAUUGGAAAGAGGGUCUUUAGGGGAAAGGCUGGGCAACUUUAACUAUAGGCAACCUACAAUACGACACCCUCCAUAAACUUCUUGUAAUCUAGCUAAGACAAACACUUUAACAGGGAUAAAUACAUAACUAUAUUAAACUGGCUAAUGAAUACUUACUAAAAUGUUUCCUCUGUUCUAUGU